CCGCUUGUAGAAAGUUCUGCUCAAGUCUUGGCUAUUGAACAGCGAAAAUCGCAGGUCUCUAUCUUAUUCCUAUCAAAAGUUAUUCAAAAAGUGGCUGACUGUCUUGUAUUUUGGAACGCAUAGUAGUAUAAGAGGAUUUAGUAAUGUUUUGUUUCUCUUCCUUAGCUAAUUAUGAACCGAUAUUGAAAGGAGUUGGUUUUGAAGUUAGAGAAUAUCGAUAUUGGAAUAACAAAACCUUCAACAUCGAUUUUGAUGGAUUACUAGAAGAUUUAGAAGAUGCACCUGCCAAAAGUGACAUCUUGUUACAUGGCUGUGCUCACAAUCCUACUGGGUGUGAUCCAACUAAAGAACAAUGGCGGCAGAUUGCUGAAACUAUUCAACGAAAACAUUUAUUUCCAUUUUUCGAUCUAGCAUACCAAGACGAAGAUGCAUGGUCUGUUCGAUAUUUUGCAGAUACAUUAAAUCUUGAAUUAUUUGUUGCGCACUCGUUUUCGAAAAACUUGGGUGUUUACUCUCAGCGUGUUGGUCAAUUGAUUGCUUGCUUCCACUCCGCAGACACAGUACCGAUAUUUCUUUCUCAAAUUGCAUUAGUCGUGUGCAGAAAUUAUUUAACUCCACCAGAACAUGGCGCACAAAUUGUAUCAACAGUGUUCAAUACUGAAGAUUUAUAUCGAGAAUGGAUAUUACAUGUUAAAAGAAUGUACAGCCGGAUUCAAGCGAUUCGACAAAAGCUUUACAAUCAACUCACUGAAUUGGGCACACCUGACCAAAUAGCUGUAAAAGUUGUCAUUCUACGCCCGGCUAAUUGGCGUAAUAUUUCUCGGUCACUAGAUGGUGGUAUUACCGGAAAUCUGUGUGAUAAGAGAAUUCAGGAUUUUCAUGGUACAAAGCAAGAAGAUGUGGUAGCAUGGAUCGACCAACUGGAAGUUGCACUAGAUUUAACUGACCAUGCACAAGGUAAAUGGAGUAAAUUAGCUGCAUGGUAUUUAAAGGGUGUAGCAUUAAGUUGGUAUAUUAAGAAUAAAAACCAAGUUUAUGACUGGGAUUCAUUUAGACAAAUGAUAGUCGAGAAAUACCCAACAUGUGUUAAUCAUCAUAAUGAUUUAAUUAAACUGGAACAAGCAAUUCCCUCUUCAACAACAAUAUUAAAUACAAAAUCUGUCUCAACAAUCGACUUAUCAAAUAAUUUACCAAUAGUAAUUUACCAAUUACUAUCACACAGAUUUCCGGUAAUACCACCAUCCAAUGACCGAGAAAUAUUACGCCAAUUAGCCGGGCGUAAACAAGCAUGGAAUGAACCAAUUUCAAGAUUUUAUCGUGACAUAAUGAAUUUAUGUGAUAAAUACGAUUCCAGUAUGGCAGAUUCAUCACGAAUUGACUAUUCACAAGGUGGAUUAAAACCGGAAUUGCAACAUUAUGCAUUAAACCAACAAAUAACAACACCAGAACAAUUUUUUGAUAUUACGCAACAACAUGAACAUAUUCAAGUCAGAUUAUCAAAUGUUCAGCUCAAUGACUUAGGAACAACAGCGAUAAUACAAGAAACGUCGCCUAGAAAAGGUGUUCAACAAUCAAAUACAACAUCAGUCGAUCGUUCACAACAACAACAGCAGUCAGCUCAUACCUCACCAUCAACAAACAAUUGUCCACAAAACUCAAAUAGUAAUAAUCAGCAAUAUAUUAAUUUCAACACAUGUCCACGAUAUCAUGAUCAACAACAACUUCAUCAUGCACCAAUCACAAGAAAAAGUUAUUAUUAUCAAUUAGCCAAUAAGACUAAUAUGCAUUUUAUUGGCGAAGUACAACUGAAGGUUAGAAUUAAAUAUAUAACCACCUGGGUUACGGCAUUGGUGGCGGAUUCACUAUGUAUCGAUUUUAUUUUGGGUAACGAUUGGAUACGACAAUACCAAGAUACCGAAAAUGUUGCUUUUGAUAUUAAAUUUCUUCGUCCAGUUAUAUUAGGUCCACGACAAGAAUGUGAGAUUGAAGCACAAGUUCCCAUUUCAACAGCUGAUACAGUUAUAUUUCAUCCAAAACAAUAA